UUUACAAAAUGUUUCGCGAGAAGUGAAAUGUGUUUCUUUCUUGAAAGGCAAAAGAAAAAUAUUUUUGUGUUUUUCUUGUGAAGGUUUUCGCAAAAUUCUUUUUUGGUGUUCUGUGCACCCCCCAGGAGGGUAUUUGUGCGUGCAACAAUGCAAGAUAAGAAGGAACUUGAGAAAUUCAUCAAGGGAUUCAUGCUAAAGUGUCCCCAGGUGAUUGUACAGUCGCGCCUUGGUGAGAAAAUUCAAACAUCCGGAAAGUUGCAGUCUUCAAACUCAGACUGGUUCAAUAUAUCCAUUGAGGACUACCAGGAUGUGACGGAGGAAACAAAGAAGGCACUCAAUCUCAUUUCGGGUGAAUCAAUCCUCAGUCGUUUGCCACUUUGUGUGGAAAUUUCCCUGAAGACAGUUGAGGAUGAUUCGAUGGUGCUUGAGGUGUGGUACCUGGGAUUGGCGACUGAUCGAUGCGAUCCCACACAGAGGGCAUCGUACACAGUCUACAAUCGCAUGGCCAUCCUCCUUAAGUCCCUCAUAUCCAUCACAAGGCAAACGCCGGCUUACAAACUCUCAAGGCGUCAGAGCACGGAUUCCUAUCAAAUCCUCUACAGAGUCUACGUUGGAGAUCCAGACACCCACUCACUCGGAGACGGGCACAAGCAACUUCGGGUCGGGCAAUUGUGCACAACAGUUGGUAUGCUGAGCAUGGAAGUGGCCUACCGCACUAAGAUGACCAUCUCGCCGACGCAGACGGGCAGGGACAACACCAUUAUGCUGAAGAGUGAUCAUUUUCUCAAGGAUAUCAGUCCCAAGCACACAAGAUACCAUCACAGCAGCAGAAAAACAUGUGAGAAGAAAGUCGUUGAUCUGGACAAACCAAUGCGAAUUGGGGCGUUUGUGGAUCCAAGUCGAACGAAACAGUACACAGAGGAUGACUACAUCCUCCCGGAGACGCCACCAUUUAGUUGGCUGUUGCGGAAAACAAAGGAAGAUCCCGCAGAUGGUGAGGAGAAACCCGCCGCUGGGGCUAUGAGAGCAGCAGCAGCACCACCACAAAGUACUGAAGAUGCCAGCGUGUGCAAUAACAACAACAAUGCCACGCGAAAUCUCGAAGUUGCCGAGGAGAGUAAAGAGAAGGACAUCAAUGGAUCAUCACCCAGUUCACAGGACCUCACACGAAGGCCCUCAUCGCGAUGGUCCUCCUCAAGAGUUGUCCCUGCCGAAGAUGAGAAGUUGCUCAAAGAACUGCAUUUCCCAUUUGCAACAACAAACACCCCCAUCAGUGACCUCGCGAAAUUCUACCGCGAUUGCUUCAAUGCGCCCCCAUUGCAGGGCUUCUCAGACUCCCCGCUGGACGAUGACAUUGAAGUGGAGGACCUGACGAAGCAGUUGGAGCAAUUCGAGACGUCACUGGGGGACUUUGACUCCCUCGUUACGUCACUCUGCUGUCAAUCAGUGGAUGACAAUCUAAACAGCUAAGACGGCGGUGGUGGUGAGUGAGAUGUGAUAAUUCCUUCGAGCCGGGUGAGACUUUUUGUUAAUUUUCUAACAAAAUGCCCCCAAAAAUUUAUUUUUCUUUUUUUUUUGUACAACUUCUUUAUUUUAUUCUAUGUAAUAUUGAAAAGAAAAAUCUACUCAAAGUAUAUAAGAUAAAUAAAUAAAACAAACAAACUGCGUGCUUAUCUAAAAUUUAAAUUAAAGGGUUAAUCUUUUAUUUUUGUUCCUUUUGCAAGGAAGUGAAUGUCUCCAAAAUAUCCGACUUAUUUGCAUUAAUUUUAAGAGGUUCUCCAUGGGUGAGAUGUUGCUUUAAUCAAUGGGAUGGCCAUUUUAGUCUCUAAGUUUAUUAUUUCAUUGUAAUUUAUGUAAUUUCCAUUUCCUUCUUCUCCUUUUUCUUGUAACGUUUCUUCUUCUUCGUUUUUUGACUCGUUUCGGGGCUCCAAAUUGAUGUUAAUUUCAAAAGAAUACAAAAAAAAUAGUUUUUAAGGGUGCAAAAGAAAGUCCUCAAAGGGCUUUCAAAUGCCAAAGUUUCCAUGCAAAAAUAAACAAGAGUUUUCCACAGAAAUUUUGUAAAAAAAAAAGUUUUUUUGCAUUUUUUAUCAAAAAGAAAAAAAAAUGUUGCAAGAUAUUCGGAAGAUUUUAGUCUUAAAACUUUUUUAGGGAGAUCUUUUGAAGUUAAGAAAAAAAAGGGAAGAAAGUGUUCUUAAGUAGCGGAAUGAAAGCUACUUUCCAUUAAGAGAAAAAAACAUGAAUUUUAGGAAAUUUCCACGGAAAAGAAAAUUUUCUAAUCUCUGAAAGAAUAAAUUUAAUCAGCUUCUUAUCCUUAAAAAUAAAACAAACAUUUUUACUCCAAAUAAUACCUAAAACAUUUCUCCAGAAAAAAAUUCUAUACGAUAAUAAAACUAAAUAGUUGAUGGAUAAAAUAUCUUCAUAACAUUUAAAGAAAACUAAAAACUAAAAAAUUGAAUCAAGAAAUAAAUUAAUCAAGAUAAAACUCUCUCCCAUUUUCUAUAAUAACAACAACAUCAAAAAAUAUAAAAGAAAUAAUAGAAAUAGAUUUAUAAAAAAUAAAAAAAUGCCUCUUUUCAUGAAAAUAAAACUUCAACGUGGCAAGAAAAUUAAUCACAAGCCAGUGUUUUUUAUACAGAAAAAGAAAACAAAUUGUUAUAUACUCUAAAUAAUAAAUUAAUUAAUAAAUAAAUAAAACCAUAAAUAUUAACCAAAAAAAAACGGAAAGAAAAAAAGAUGAGAAAAAUUAUAAAAUUUGUUAUGAAUUUCUUAUAAAUAGCUAAAAUUGUUUUGUUUGGCGGAAAUUUUUAUUAAUAAUAAAAAAAUAAGUACAAUGGAUGUGGAGGUUUGGAGAAGAAGAAUGCUUUGAGGGAAUUUACGAGCUUUUGAAAACAAAAGUUUUUUGAAAAAUAAAUUAGAAGAGAAAAAUAAUUUAAGAAAAAAAUAUUUAAGUGCGGCUAACUUUAUUAAGAAAGUUGAGAAAGAAUUUUAAGGAAAGUUUUUACUUAAAAUUACACUGAUAUAGAUAAAACAGAUCAGAUUAUUAAAAAAAAAAAAGGAAUUUAAAAGAAUAAAUUUUUUUUUAAAAAAAUUAGGAAAUUUUUAAAGAGAUGAAAAUUUAUUCGUUUCUCUAUAGUUUUUCAAAGAAUAAAAAGUUCCUUCAGUUCUAGAAUAUUUUUAUUCUUUUAUAGUAAGAGAAUUGAUUUGUUUUUCCUACUAAAUUUUGACCUGAAGAAGUUCUUAGAAAAACCCGAAAUGUCACUGAAUUGUUCCCAAAUUGAGAACUACUGAAAACUUUUUCAUUUUUUCUAUUUUCUAAUUAAUUUCUUUAACGAACAGAGUUUUUUUUUUAAUUUUAUUCAAUCUUUUUUUAAUCUUAUAAACUUUAGCUUAGACACAUACCUACUAUAAAAAUUACCUUCUCCCUCCUUUAUGGGAUUUUACAAACGAAUUUUACUCUGACUAAUUCAGAUUGAAAAAAAUCCCUAAAAAACACAUAAUUUGUUAUAUUUUUUCAUCUUUAUUAUAUUCAAUAUAAAUUUGCUAUUCUGUUUUAUAGCAAGAAAUGUGUCUUGGCUAAAAAAAGUUUUUUUUAGGAGCCUUAAAGCUUGUGAAUUCUCAUCAAACUCUAUGCAAACUUACCCACCACAUCCUUUUGUAUUUAAUGCCUGAUUGUAGAUCAAAGACGAAGUAAAAAUUAAAUUAAAAAAAAAACAAAGAGACUUGGAAAAAGAAUUUUAAAAAGAAAAUAAAUAAAUCCUUUAUUUAAUAAAUUAUAAUUUUUGGUUUCUUUUAAUUAUUUUCUUUUCAUUUUUUUUCUAAAGAACUGGCAUUAAAAAUUUGAGAGACAGUUAAGCAAAAGACUGCAAAUUAGUUGUAGGAUAAAAUGCAUUAAAAAUGUAGCUCUUUAUAUCAGUGGGGAAUGAGAAAUUAAAGAAAAAAAAAGAAAAUUGGCAGAAAGUGUUAAAGAAAAAAAAUUAAGAAGAAAACAUUUUUGUUUUAUCACAAAAACCUUUUAUUUGAGAGUUCAUCUGUUUUUUUGGACUUUAUCAUUAUUUUUUUGUUGUAAUAUAGCAUUAAAAACAGUGGAAUAAAGAGCCCAGUUGUGGCACUAACCAGAGUA